AUGUCCUGCUACAACCAGUGCCUGCCACGCCUGCAGUGUCGGCCCUGCGGCCCCACCCCGCUGGCUGACAGCUGCACCGAGUCCUGCGUCAGGCAGUGCCAGGACUCCAACGUGGUCAUCCAGCCCUCUCCCGUGGUGGUGACCCUGCCCGGACCCAUCCUCAGCUCCUUCCCGCAGAGCACCGCCGUGGGCUCCUCCACCUCCGCUGCCGUUGGCAGCAUCCUCAGCUCUGAGGGUGUGCCCAUCUCCUCUGGAGGCUUUGGCCUCUCUGGCAUUGGCAGCCGCAUCUGUGGCAGGCGGUGCUUCCCCUGCUAA